AUGUUCGAUUUUCAGCACGUGGGCACUUCAACGAAUGUGCCGCCUGUUUCCCCGUCCUCGGCUCAUCAGCGAUCGAUUUUCGAUUUCCAGAAGCCUGGCAGAUCUCCACCAGCCUCGGCUCGUCAGGCAUCGAUUUUUGAUUUUCAGCAAGUGGGCACUUCAACGAAUGUGCCGCCUGUUCCCCCGUCCUCGGCUCGUCAGCCAUCCAUUUUCGAUUUCCAAAAGCCUGACAUCCCUGCACCAGCCUCGGCUCGUCAGGCAUCGAUUUUUGAUUUUCAGCAAGUGGACACUUCAACGAAUGUGCCGCCUGUUCCCCUGUCCUCGGCUCGUCAGCCAUCCAUUUUCGAUUUCCAAAAGCCUAACAACCCUGCACCAGCCUCGGCUAAUAAAGGAUCCCCUUUCGAUUUUCAAGUCCAUCGUUCAUUUACCCCGGCCUCGGCUGUUCAGCCUUCCAUUGAUUUUCAAACACCUGGCACGUCUGCUCCAGCUCCUGCCUCUGACAAACCAGGCAUGUCUUCCCCUGGCGCCUCAAGGUCCAAUAGUACUCUGGGAUCACGGAAGUAUCUGACGAAAUCACAAGAGGCCAAAUUACGACUCCAGGGCCAAGGAGGAGCUGCCAUUCUGCCAACUCGGCCAGGCGAUGCCUUCGUUUUCGGCCCGGCUCCUGUCUUCGUCUACACUCAAGAGAGACAACACCACGCCCACCACCUUCGACCGAAUUCGGUAUCUAAAGCCAAUCUCAGCUCCUCCUUGAUGGAGCUCAAGGCUGUUGGGAUUGCGACAUUUUUAAUGACCGUUGGGGCCGUAACAGUUAUGUGGAGUGUAAAGAGCGCGCUUGGGGUUAACGACGCACAAGAGUUUGGCAAAAGGAUCAUCUACCGACCAGCCGCAACUGACGAAGAUUACCUUGAUGCUUAUGAAGUUGCGCCAUUCGAGGCGGAGGGUUGGACGUGGGUGGAGGCUGAGAAGAGGCUUAUGAUGAGGGGCUUCAACUCUUCCCCUUGCUCGUCUCCAUUUUCCGCAGUGGGUAUUUGUCCUUGCCUCCUUGUGCACUUUGAGAAGGAUUAUCAGAGCAGCCGACGAACUCUGGCACGUUACACAACCAAGGCCCAAGUGCGAUAUACGGCGAAUGCCAAGGAAUCUCCCUCCGCCCUGUAA